AUGAUUUUCGCAGAAGUACGUCAUUCUUCAUGGGCCUCGAUUUUAAACGGAAUGACGGUGAUUUUCGCGUCGCUGAAUUCUUGCUUGAAUCCGGUGAUUUAUGCCUUUCUCAAGCCGAAUUUGCGGAAACACUUGAUUGGUGUAAUCCGGCACAGAGAAGUGAGCGGACAUGGGCUAUUCUCUCCACGACCGAGCAUUAGAAAAAGGAAAAAAGUUGACAUUGUUGUCAGUUCUGGACUUCGGGUGAUAACAAGUUUGUGA